UUAUAGUCUAUUUUUUCCAUGACAUGUCACAUUACUGUUUUAUCACUACAUUAUUAUUUUUGCAAAGUUUAGCACUUGAUCUCUUCAAGAUUCGAAUUCUCUCAGAUCUGAUAUUUCGAGAUUUGAAAAACCAAAUAUCUCUAGAGUUGUGGAAUUUGAUUGAGCUGAUUCAGUGUUUAGAUCGAUGCGCUAGGGUUUAUUUGAAAUGGAUGGGCGGUUGAAGAAGCAUCAUCAUCAUCAUCAUCAUCAUCAUCAUCGGGAAGUGAGUCCGGAGAGAGCGAAAGUCUGGACGGAGAGGUCACCCAAGUAUCAGCAAACUCGGAAAGUGCCUGUGGUUUACUAUCUCUGUAAAAAUCGACAACUCGAACAUCCUCAUUUCAUCGAACUCACUCUCUCAUCACCCGAUGGCCUUUACUUGAGAGAUGUGAUUGCUAAGCUUAAUGUGCUUAGAGGCAGAGGCAUGGCUUCAAUGUACUCAUGGUCUUGCAAAAGAAGUUAUAAGAAUGGGUUUGUGUGGCAUGAUCUGGGUGAAGAUGACUUAAUUUUUCCUGCUCAUGGAAGUGAAUACGUUCUCAAGGGUUCUGAGCUCUUUGAAGAGUGUAAUUCAGGUAUAUUUAGUCCUGCUGCAAAUAUAAAAUUGCAGAAUCCAAAACAAUUACCAGAGCCAGCAUCUUCGAGGAGUCAUCAUGAUGAUUCUUCGUCUUCUUCAAGCAUGAAUGGGAGAGAGACAAAGAAUUCUCAAGAAGAUGACCUUUCUCCUCCAGUUCAACAUCCUGGUUCUUCUGGCAUGUCUCCAGUUUCUAGGGAUGGGAAAACAUCACCUUGGAAUGGUUGUCUAAGCUUGACAGAGUACAAGGUUUACAAGAGUGAUGGUUUGGCUGAUGCUUCCACUCAGACCGAGGAAAAUAUAAGCAGAACUAAUACAGCUCGAGAGACUUGCACAAGGGGUGUUUCAACAGAUGAUAGGUCAUUAGAACCUCAUAGCAAUGAGUCUUUCCAAAAUCGGGUUCCUGAUGUGAAAGAAACUUCUGAUAUUUCUAGGGAUUUAAUUUCCCCACCUCCAUCUUCAUCUGGUGCUUCUUCGUCAGGUGGGAAGACAGCGACCUUAGAAUCUCUGAUCAGAGCUGAUGCUCGUAAGAUCAACAGCUUUAGGAUACUUGAGGAGGAGGAAUUUCGAAUGCCAUCUAGUACAAAGGUCAAGGCUUCAAGCAUGCUGAUGCAACUGAUCUCCUGUGGGUCAAUUUCAGUGAAAGAUCACAGCUUUGGCCUUGUCCCUACCUACAGGCCAAGGUUUUCACAUUCGAAAGUUCCCUCCCCCUUGUUCUCGACAUCUUUGAUGUUGGGAGAGCUUGAUUGUUUGACAGAGAACCCAAGGCUCGUGGGUCUGAGGUUGGAGGAUAAGGAAUACUUCAGUGGGAGCUUUGUCGAGACAAAUAUGCUUAGGGAAGAAGGAGAUGGCUUUAGUGCUCUAAAACGUUCAUCUUCCUACAAUGCUGACAGAAGUAGUAAGCAAUUGGAUUCAGCAGCAGACAAAGAGGACACAACAUCGGUGCUUUCAAAGUGCAUCCCAUGUUCAACCAAGGCUUCACUGAUCAAGCAGCCAAGAAGUGAAUCAAUGAGAUCCCCAGUUUCUGAGGGACCAAGGAUCUCCUCUGAUAGAGUUGACAGCUCACGAACCAUAUCAAAUGGGAGCAGCAGAAGAAUCACAGAACCUUCUCCGAAACAUUCAAAAAAACUAGAGUCCUUUAGAGAGGAGAAGGAAACGGUGAUCAAAAUAGAAGAAAGGCUUGCUUCAGGAGCUCGGGUUAUAAUCCAGUCCACGGCACCUUGUGACACUAAUGGUGACUCGUAGAAAGCAUUUUGGAGCUUGACCAAAAGGAUUAUGAUUCCUGCAACUAUUUGGAAUUUUUUUUUUUUUUGAAUUCCCAAGUAACGUGAGUAGAUAAAUAGUUUGGCUUUGUAAAUUUGAAAUUUGAGAAGAGUAGAGAGAGAGAGAGAGAGAGAGAGAGAGAGAGAGAGAGAGAAGGAGCAAACUAGCCACUGGCCUUUUGAGUCUGUUUAAUACAGCUUUUCUUAGAUGGGAAUAUGUUGUACUAUUUUUUUGCUUACUGUAGUUGCAAUAUAUUAGCCUUUAUGCAGAGAGUAUUGAUUCCAUCAGUACAGUUCUGAAUUGUUGAUAUAUGUCACAACUGCUAGAGAGAACCAAUGGUCCCCAGGUUUUAUUUUAGAGGUUGAGCCAGUUGUAGUCUGGCUGGUGCAUGAUGUUGACAAGAUGUAGCAUUCACGGAACAAUUAGAAUGAAAAAAUUGUUGAA